AGUAGCUAUAUGAAGCAGUGCCGUCUCGAAUUUUUGAACAAAGAAACAAAGUUUUCAGAAAAAAAAAGAAAAUGGCAGUGGCAAAAGCAGCUUGCGUUAACCACAUCUCCAGAGAAUCCUCCGACAUUAGACGUCUCGCUGAUUUCUACAAAGAGAUCUUUGGGUUCGAGGAGAUUGAGAGCCCAAACUUCGAGUUUAAGGUAAUCUGGCUGAAUCUCCCGGGAGCGGUCCCUAUGCACCUGAUCGAAAGGAGCCCACUCACGAAGCUUCCCGAAGGUCCCUACAGUGCGACUUCAGCUGUUGCUGACCCCAGCCAUCUCCCCAGAGGUCAUCAUAUUUGCUUCACGGUCUCCAAUUUCGAUUCUUUUGUUCAGUCUCUCAAGGAUAAAGGUAUAGAGACUUUUCAGAGGUCCCUGCCCGAUGGGAAGGUCAGACAGGUCUUCUUCUUUGAUCCAGAUGGUAAUGGAUUGGAGGUUGCCAGUAGGGAAGAUCCAUAGCAAUAGGUGGGGCAUUUGAAGUUUGAAUACAUCUAUGCAAAACUAAUAGAUCCGCCGAAGGACAAUUACAUGCAACUGAACAUUUUUCUUGCUUGCUGUUGCAAGGGUAAUAAUAUCUAUGAAAUAUCUGUGGAUGUUUUUGUGUGACCUUUACAAAUGCUUUUUCUUCCGUAACGAUGCAUCCUUUGGCAUUUCACUAGUGCUAAUGUUGAUUGCCUGAUCAAGGAUGUAGUUUGGGUGUAUAUGUCCUUUGAUGGCUAAUUAUUAGAUUACGAGCCUAUUACUCAAA